CAGUAGAAACGUCAUAGAAAACGAAGAAGAAAUGUCAAAUUGUGAAAGUGCGUAAAUGAGGCAAACGAAAAUAUAAAAUAAUAAUAAACAGACAUCUUUACAAUAACCUUCAAACGUCAAAAAUGUUUGAAGAAACAAAUUCAAACACAACAAUUAAAAUUGAAACGAUCGAAUAUUCUCGAGUUAAACAAGAUUUAGAUGAUUAUGAAAACACCACAAGUAUUUGUAUGGAGAAUGAUGAAAUUUAUCUACAGCAAUUUCUGAAUUCAGAGGUUACUCUUGAUGAGGAUAUAAAGCAAGAGAGUAUCGAUGAGCAAGAUUUUCAAGUGAAACAAAAAUUUUAUGAUUAUGAAUGCACAUCACAUAUGAGUAUGGAGAAUGAUGAAAUAUGCCUACAGCAAUUUCUAAAAUCUGAGGUUACGAUUGAUGAGGAAAUGAAGCAAGAAAAAAUCAAUGGGCAUGAUGCUGCAACUAAUACAAGUUUAGAUGAAAAACCUUACAUAUUUACUGAAGAAAUCAGUAAUUUAAGUAAUUUUAGCAAUAAUCUAAAGCCCUAUGCUUGUGAUUUAUGUAAUAAAAAAUUCAAAACAAAAGCAUCAUUAAAUGAACAUAAAGCUAUCAUUUUUACUAAAAAACGAUCUUACAAAUGUAAAGUAUGCAAUAAAACAUUCACAUUUAGUGGAAAUUUAAGCGAACAUAAAAAAAUCCACUCUGGAGAACGUCCUUACAGUUGUGAAAUAUGUCAUAAAACAUUUGCAACAAAACGAACUUUAAAACAACAUGAAGUUGUUCACACUGAGGAAAGACAUGAAUGUGAAAUAUGCAAAAAAACAUUUUCAAGAAAGACAUCAUUAAACACACAUAAAAAGAUUCAUACGGGAACACAUCAAUCAUCAAAGCAUACUGAAGGACCUUUUAGUUGCAAAAUAUGUAAUAAAACAUUCAAAAUAAAGUGUCAUUUAAAAGAACAUAAAAUGAUUCACACUGGAGAACGUCCUUACAGUUGUGAAAUAUGUCAUAAAACAUUUGCAACAAAACGAUAUUUAAAACAACAUGAAGCUGUUCACACUGAGGAACGACCUUAUGAAUGUGAAAUAUGCAAAAAAACAUUUUCAAGAAGGACAUCAUUAAACACACAUAAAAAGAUUCAUACUGGAAAACAUCAAUCAUCAAAGCAUACUGAAGGACCUCCUUUUAGUUGUGAAAUAUGCAAUAAAACAUUCAAAAUAAAGUGUCAUUUAAAAGAGCAUGAAAUGAUUCACACUGGAGAACUUCCUUACAGUUGUGAAAUAUGUCAUAAAGCAUUCAAAAUAAAGAAGUAUUUAGAACAACAUAAAGCAAUUCACACUGGAGAGAGACCCCAUAAGUGCAAUAUAUGCAAUAAAACAUUCACAACAAAAAGAUCAUUAAGACUACAUGAGAUUUAUCACACCGGAGUGCGUCCUUAUAGUUGUGAAAUAUGCAAUAAAACAUUUACAGCGAAACCAUCAUUAAGUCGACAUAAAAUGAUUCACACUGGGGAACGUCCUUAUAGUUGUGGAAUUUGCAAUAAAGCUUUUCCAAUACUAGAUGCAUUAAGACAACAUGUAAAAGGAGUACAUUGUGGAAUACGUCCUGUAAGAAAGCGUUUAAAAAAAGUUUCGCAUUUGCCGACUAUCCAAUCUUAAAAACCUUUUCUUGUGGGCAUUUCAUGUUUGUUACUGUUAAAAGCAUAUUGUAUGUAAUUGUUUAAUAAAGUAAAGAUAAAUAACGAAAUAAUUAUAAAUAUACCGUUUCAAACAUAUUUUGAAUAAUUCUAUCUCGAUAUAAUAUAAUUUGACUAACAACUACUUUAA